AUGCCAAACAAGCGUCAAAAGAAGAAUAACUUUCAUAAUAUGCCAAUUCCCAUUUUUACUAGUGCACGCACUUAUAUUCCUGAAAUCAUUUCUGAAGAAAAUACGAUUUUAAAUACUGAUACACCAAGGUCUGAAAUAGAACAGAAACUGGAUUUCUACAGGAAAAAGGUUUCAGUUUACAAUACAGAAAAGUCUACACAAAAUUGGGUAAAGAAGUUUGAAGAAUUUCAGCACAAAUAUAAUUAUGUUACACCACUUGAAUCAAUUGAAGGUCCUCAUCUUAUCGAACAACAAAUAUGUGAAUAUGUUGCAAAAAUGACAAAGAAAGAUGGUGGUGAAUAUAAGGCAACAACAAUUAAGCAGGCCGUUGAUGCAAUUAAUAGAUAUCUUAGUAAAAAUGAUUUACAAGAGAAGGAGUUGGGUGAAAAAGAAGGAUUGAUGGCAUUAAUGGCUCAGCAAGUAAAGGAAAUUUUAGAUGAUGAAUUCUUGAAUCCUAAAACAUCUCAAGGUUUAUUAUACAGAGUAUUUUUUCAAAAUGCAACAAUCUUUGCAUGUCAAGGUAGAGAACAUUACUUACUUCAGGUUAAUCAGUUUCAGAUUCAACCAGAUGGUAGUAUCUUAUUUUACAGAUAUCGUAGUAAAAAUAAUCAAUGGGGAAUUCAAGAAGGUGAUGCAUAUCAAAUUCACUUACCACCUGACUCACCUGAUACUUUUGACCCUGUUAGUGAUUUUAUGAAAUAUAUUUCUAAACAUCCUUCUGAUACACCUAACAACUUCUACUUACAUCUGAAUUCGAAUUGGCAUGAUACUGAUGUUUGGUAUUUCAAAACUUAUUGUGGCAUAAAUAGAGUCAGAAAUUUUAUAAAAACGGCUGCCCAAAUUUUUCAGGAUGUUGAUGUAUCAGAAGAUACUAUUAUGAAUAUUAUGAGUCAUAAGAGUGUACAAGGAGUGCAUGCAUAUAAGAGUGUUAAUAAACAUCAACAAAUUAAUACAAUGAAAAUUUUGAUUAAUACUAUUGAGUCAUUGAAAAAUUCAAACAAGAUAAAUCAUAUUUCUUCUAUUAUGUCUGCUGAAUUUAAUAGCUCUCAUAUUAAUGUUAAUACUAAUACUGUCUCUAUACAAGACAUAAAUAUGGUUCAAGAAGAAUUUCAGAAUCAACGUUUUAUUUUUAAUAAUUGUCAUUUUACAAAUGUUCCAUUUCAUUUUCAAUAA